UCGACGCAUUCGUUAUGUCACAUUUUCACUCUCGAUUAUUCUGACAACUGCGAAAGAACGAUGGCGUUGAAAAGCAAAUAUGCGGACGUAUCAAUCCCUGAAACCUUAUCUUGGCCGGAUUUUGUGUUUAGAGACUUCGAGAAGUAUGGGAAUCAAACAGCUAUCAUAUGCGGCGCAACCAAACGCGAAUACACGUUUUCACAAGUAAGGGAUUUGAGCAGAAGAGUCGCCUCGGCUUUAAGCAAAAGAGGACUUCGCAAGGGAAAUGUGGUUGCCCUGUUUGCUCCGAAUGUUCCUGAAUUUCCCAUUGUAUUCCUUGGAGCUCUUCAAAUUGGUGCGGUCGUGACCGGUGUCAAUCCAUUCUUCACAACCGAAGAACUGACCAAUCAGCUCGAAGCAGCUGACGCAGUAUGUAUCAUCACUGUUCACCAGUUGGAACAUCGGGCAAAAGAAGCCGCGAAGAAACUGGGUAUAGACCACAUGUUUGUUCUUGGAGAUGACGUUGAAGAUGGGUAUGACUUGGUCUCAAUCCUUUUCAAUGAUGACGGGUCGAGUUUGCCGCACGUCACGUUUAACCCAAAAGAGGAUUUAGCAAUUCUUCCGUAUUCCAGUGGGACUAGCGGUCUUCCGAAAUGCGCCAUGGUAACACAUUAUAACUUGGUUGCUCUGGGCUGCAUUGCGACUGCACAAGGCUUUAUGGAUUUUAAACAAAUUACUACAGAGCAAAAGAAUUCUACUACUCUAGCUUUUGUUCCAUUUCACCGCCCUUUCGGCCUAAUAGCUGUUCUGUCUCUCAGUUUACAACAAGGAAGUUGCUUAGUUUCAGUGCCAAGAUUCGAACAAAACAGAAUAUUUAAUCUUUUGCAGGAUUACAAGGUGACACUUCUCGUAACCGAGGCGUCAGUAGUGCAUCUCCUUUCCAUCCAUCCAGCAGUAAAUAACACCGAUUUGUCGUCGCUAGCAGAGGUGAUAUCCACCUCGUCAUUACUAAGCAAAGAAACGUCCAAAAGUGUCAGGAAACGAUUACCUCACCUCAAAAGAAUCAAUCAGUGUUACGGCAUGACAGAAAACACAGCACUGAGUCACAUGACUCCCUCGCUGGAGGAGAGGCAUGGUUCUGUUGGAGUAUUACUUCCCAAUCUCGAAUGUAAGGUGUGCGAUGUAUCGACUGGCCAGGUUCUUGGGGCUGGUGAACGAGGAGAGAUUUGUGUCAAAGGUCCGACAAUGAUGAAAGGUUAUCUGAACGACCGAGACGCUUCACAACAAAUUAUUGACGGCGAAGGCUGGCUUCACACGGGAGAUUUGGGUUACUAUGACCAAGAUGAACAUUUCUUCAUCGUGGACAAACUCAAGGAUUUGAUCAAGUUCAGAGGAGAUCAGGUGUCUCCUUCAGAGCUCGAAGUUCUCCUCAAGACCCACCCGGCCGUAUUUGACGCAGCUGUUAUUGGGUUCCCAGACCCUGAAGUUGGAGAAUUGCCUACAGCUUUCGUUGUGAGUAUGAACGAAGAAGAUUUGACUGAAAUGGAAGUUAUUCAAUACGUGGACGAGAAUGCAGCAACUCACAAAAAACUUCGAGGAGGUGUAGUGUUUAUUAAUUCGAUUCCCAGGUCUGAGGAAGGAGAAAUCCUUCGAACAGAAUUAAGAGACAAAAUGAUUCAAGGAAAGUACAAACCAGUACAGAUGAGAAGAGGGUCGCUUUUUGGAACCGAGGAAAACAAAAGAUUUUCUAUAAUGAGAAACUCUUUACCGAUGACUAGGAAUUUACCACGAAACAAUGAAACAAUUCUGGAGGAAGAAUCCGAUCAAUUGCAAGUUCCAAGAUCAAAAAGCUGUGUUAUAUUAUGAAAGGAACUCGUGCCCUCUUACAUGAAUAACAGAUAAUGCCGCUGGAUGGUGUUAAUGCAUUGAUCAUAAAGGCUUCAUUUGGCCGCGGUUUCUACUUCAGGAAUAAGGAAAAGCCUUUAAAUGUCAUUCAUUGGAUUAAAAUUUUUCCCUGAAGUUCACAGGUUCCCAUUUAUACUGUGACUGCUCUUUCUUUAAGGAUUUAGUCUGCUUAUCUUUGUUUGUUGUAAAUACCUUGCCGUAUUUACAAGCUUCACGAAUGGCGAAGUGCCACUUGCCUUUCAUAUCGAGAAUGUUAAUUUAUAACAUUUUAAAAAGAAAAUAAUAUGCCUGAGGCAAAUUUGACAAAGCAUGUAAAAAGAGUUGUGUAUGUAAAAUUAAGCGAAGGAAAGUGUAAUAGUAAAAUAAA